CUGUGCUGUGAUCAAAUUGGCUUUCUGCUCAUAUAAAAUCCCUCUUCCCCUCCCUCCCAGCAACUCACUCUCUACAUCUCUAUAGGAAAUUAAAGACGGUGGCGGUGGCUGUGGCGGUGGCGGUGGCGCAAUGGCUAAAGCGCUGGUGGUUUUCGACUUUGACGAGACACUUAUUGAUUGUGAUAGUGAUUACUGGGUAGUCGAACAGCUUGGCGUUAAUGACACCUUCCUUCAACUUCUCCCUACCUUGCCCUUGAACUCUAUCAUGGAUCAGAUGAUGACAGAGCUUCACUCCCGGAAGAAGACAAUUCAGGAUAUUGCAGAGUGCUUGAUACAGGUUCCAUUUCAUUCCAAGAUUCUUUCAGCAAUCAAAUCUGCCUAUGCUUCUGGGGGUGAUUUGAGGAUAGUAAGCGAUGCAAAUACCUUCUUCAUUGAGACAAUCUUGGAAAAACAUGGGAUAAUAGGUUGUUUUUCUGAGAUCCAUACAAAUCCAAGCUAUGUUGAUGAAGAAGGAAGACUUAAAAUAUUGCAAUACCAUGAUUCCAAGUCAUCUUCUCAUGGAUGUUCUAUCUGCCCUCCAAAUAUGUGCAAGGGUUUGGUGAUGGAAAGAAUCAGAACUUCUGUUCGUAGUGAAGGAAAGAAACGUUUCAUUUAUGUUGGUGAUGGAACUCCAGAUUUUUGUGCAACAUUAAAGCUUGAAGAAGGAGAUUUUGUAAUGCCAAGGAAGAAUUUCCCACUUUGUGAUUUCAUUUAUGGAAAUGGGAAUAAAAACCUUAUUAAAGCAAAUAUUCAAGAAUGGAGUGAUGGAGAGGAGCUAAGCACCAAUCUUCUGAAUGCAAUCAACACCAUCAUCAUCCAAGAGGAUUAUAAUGUAAGACCAGAUGAUCCAUUGGUUCCACUUGAUUGUAAGUUCCAGACAAGUUCAAUCUCUGCAUUUGAUGUUUGUACCAGAAAUCCCCUCCCAAUUCCUCGCUAAUAGCAGUACAACUCUAAAUCUUAUUGGCUAGAUUGUAAUGAAGAUCAAUAUGAUAUUUUCAAAUUUCAGACUGCUAUGAACAAAUUCUUAAUCUAAUUAGUAAAAUGGUCUGGCUAUAUAUAA